AUGCACGCGAGCACCGCAUCCACCCCGAGCGUCGUCCGCGCGCGCGGACGCGCCGCGACGACCGCGCGCGCGACCGCCGCGGCGCCCGUCGCGCGCGUCGUCGCGUCGUCCCCCGCGAUCGAAUCCGCCGCGAGGGUCGCCGCGCGCCGCUCUCCCGCCGCGCAUCGCCGCCUCGCGCUCGCGCGGUCGCCGCGACCCGCCGCGCGUCGCGCGACCGUCGCGCGCCGCGCGACGAGCGCCGAGCUCGCACAGCUCGCGCUCGAGCUCGACGAGGAGACGAUCACGACGAUCCUCGCCGCGGGGCUCGGCCUCGCCGCGGGGCUCGGCAUCCCGAUCUUUUUCGUCACCCAGGAGAAACGAGACGAGGCGCGUCUGGAGGAGAUCCGCGAGCUGAACCGCGCGACGCUCAAGGCGACGGGGGAGCAGAUGAGCGAGGAGGAGAUCGCCGAUCUGCGACCGUCGAGGUACUUGGACCGCCGAGAGUUCAAGGACGACGACUGAUCGCUCGAGGGGCUGAAGACCCCACUCGCGGCGACGGUGGAUGGAGAGAGGUCAGGUCGGUUAUCGGUCGGGCGACGACUGGAGAAUUUAAUGGACGGAUCGAAGACAACGUUGAGCUACUACGAAGAGAGCGAGACGAGACGUAGAAGCGAACGUGGGCCCUAACGUGACACGACGCGAACGUUCGCGUU